UGAAUACCUGUCGCACAACAAGAUGGCGCUGCUCUUGGACAGCAGGCUCCUGCUGAGGAAAGUUAAAGAUUUAAGGUGUUUCACGCCAAGACGAAACCGAAUGAAGCAGAAAUGGGCCACCACACGUACCAAGCACCCUCCCACCAGUCUGGCCCUGCAGCACUUUGAUGCCACCUACGGCCCCCAACUGGGGCCGCUGUGGCCAUCCGUCCGAGUCGCCUUGCUGUCAGAGAGGAAAUACGGAGCCCUGAUCAAUCAUUUCUCCGAUAAUGCAGCUCUGGCGGACCUGGAAGCCCAGGGAUGCAGAGACUUCCCCAGUGACACAGAUACAGUGGCUCAGCCGUGCUUGGAGCAAGAAUCUGAGGUUGCAGCCAAGGAGGGAUCUGGUGGUGUUUCUUUGAAGAAGUCUGACACUGUUGGUCAGCAGCUUUCUCCUCUGCAGCUCAGUCCGAACAUCAAGUGCUUUGUGUUUCCAAGAGGGAAUAUCACAAGAUUCAAGCCUGCUAGCCCCGACAUGUUUGGGUUGUUGAGUUACUACCUGAUGGACGCAGCAUCUGUGCUGCCUUGUCUUGCGCUGGAUGUGCGAGAAGGUCACAAUGUGCUUGACCUCUGCGCUGCUCCGGGAGGCAAAACCCUGGCUUUGCUUCAGAGCCAGUCUGUAGGUUUCUUGUGUGUAAAUGACAGCUCAGUGUCUCGGACGUUACGACUGAGAAAAGUGCUGCACGGCUACAUUCCUAAGCCGUUUUUGACAGACGGCAAACUGCGCAUCACCUCCUUCGAUGGCACCAAGUGGGGGGAAAUCGAAAGGAACACUUUUGACAGAGUCCUUGUUGACGUCCCGUGCACCACAGAUAGACACUCACUGAUGGAGGACGACAACAAUAUAUUUAGUAAGAGUAGGACCAGCGAGAGACAAAGGCUGCCGCAGCUGCAGCUGGAGCUGUUGCUGGCGGGAAUCAAAGCAGCUUGUCCAGGUGGGGAGAUCCUCUACUCCACAUGCACACUGUCUCAAAUCCAGAACCUGGGUGUGGUGGAGCAGGCUGUCCACUUGGCUCGGGAGAACCACGGCAUAAACCUUCAGGUUGUUGAUCUGCGACCCCUCACACACAUGUUUAGGAAAACCUUUCACUUCGCCCCCGACCUUCACCUGGGUGAGAUGGUCGUCCCGCACUUAGCCGCUAACUUUGGCCCCAUCUACAUGUGCAAGCUGAGGAGGCUCACAUAGACUGUGUGGACUGAUGGACAACUUUGCCUGAAAGCUUUUGGACAUUUGAAUGACUCUUUUUUUUUUUUACUGCUUUAUGGACUAAUGAGAUGAUCCUCGUUUCUAUAUAUAAACUGUAAGUGUUGGAGCACAGUUGAAGGAGAUGUUUUCAUCGCGGUGAAGGACUGUUGAAACACUGGACGACAGAAUGUGACAGAAAACGCAAAGAAUCCUGUUGAAGGACCUGGACCGUGACAUUACUGUGGACAGCACUGAAGUACUUUUUUUUUUUUUAAAGCAGACUUUUGGACUCAACCAACAAUGAUGGCCUGUUCAGUAUAGAGUAUUCAAUAUUUUUCAGCCUGUGUCUGUGUGAGUAAUGUAGACCACAAUAUUUUUGAAACUGAUUAUAGUGUUGAGCGAAACAGGUUGCAGUGUUAUAUUGAUGGAUAAUUGUGCAUCGUCAAUUUACGUCCAAUAAAAGUGCUUGUUUUUGAAACUGA